AUGGACUCUUUCGCCAUCACGGAGGGCAUGCUUCCCCAGCCCGACAACCAAGAUGCCCGUGCCGCUGACUCGGGGAACAGCGGUGCCCUUCCUGAGGGUGCCAAUAAGUUUCAACGUGCCAUUUCAGCUUGGAGAGGUAUCGACUUAUCCAGUACUCUCGCAAAGCUAGACGGCACCGCGUCGGAUAUUGUCGCUGAACAGCGAGACGCACUAGUCCAGAGAAAGGACCUCGCGCAAAAAACGAAAGACUUUCGGAAGCUUGACGAUGCCUCCAAGCUGGGGGAAUACAAAGGUCUUCUGAAAGCCUACCAAGGUUUCAUCGACCUCUUGACAAAUCAGGGAAAGUCGUCCUCGUCUGCUUUCUUACAGCUAUACUCGUCUUUGUCCGAAGCCCCAGAUCCAUACCCCCUUCUCGAGACCUCAAUCGACUCGCUCGUACUUGCCGAAGAAACAGUCCCCAAAUUGACUUCUGAGCGCGAUCAGCUCCAGGGCUCUGUCGACCGCCUCACCUCCCAGUUAGACGAUACCGAGAAGCGACUGCAAGAAGAGCGUGCCGCGAGAAAGAAGUUGGAGGAGAACCAGGACACCAAAAUCACAGAAAUUGAGACGUCGUGGUCAGCGGUUCUAACGGAGAAAACCAACAAUUGGACGGCCAAGGAGAAGAGCUUAGAAGAGAAAGUGGAGAACCAGGAACGCUUGAUAAAGGAGCUCAAGGCGAGCUACGAGGUUUCACAACGCUUAGGUCAAAACGACGAAGGUGGCGACCAAUCUCAACAUGGUGCCUCGGCCGCAGAACUGGAAUUGGUAUCUAACGAGCUGGAAAAGACUAGCCUGAGAUUGGCAGAAAUAGAGGGACGAAACGAACAAUUGAGGCUUGAGCUGGCUCAAGCUGUCUCACAUUCGAAAGAAGAGCAAACUGCAUCUAUCGAUGACGACCCCGCGUAUCUCCGUCUCCAAUCGGAGAACUCCUCUUUGUUGCGGAAAUUGGAUGCCGCACGGUUCGACCGAGAAUCCGAACGCCAUACAUGGGAGGCCAAAUUCUUGCAAUCGGAGAGACAGGGCACGAAGGUUGCUACAGAAAGGGAAGAACUAAAGGCACGAUUAGCGAAGGUUGCGGACUAUGAAGACAUUCGCCGCGAGCUGGAGAUGAUCAAGUCCAUCGAAUUCUCAGCUGGUGAUGAUGACGAUGCUGGGGAUCUCACAGAGGGGGCUGCUGCUAAUGGCACCGCUGACAAGACUAAAGAGGGCGGGAAAAACAGCUCCCUAGAACAGCUACUGUUAGCGAGGAACAAAAAGCUUACUGACGAGCUAACUAUCCUACGUGUCUCGCACCGUGACCUGCAGGGUCAGCUGGAAGUCCUCCGUGAAGAUGUAUCCACCACUAAGGAAGAACUGGAGAAAUCGCAAAACCUCUCCACCACCCUCGAAAAUGACCUUCUUCGUUUGCAGCAGGAGGCAGCCAACGCGUUCCCAUCUUCGGCGAUGUCCGUGGCCGGCACCUAUGCUUCAAAGUACCCACACUCCUCGCGUAAAGGGGGAGUAUCCCCGACAUCAUCGAUAAUCUCCGGGUUUGAUCAAUCGACCAUGUCUAGCAACACAAUGGACGCCAUUCGUGCAGGAGAGCCCGUUGGGGGAGGAUCAGGCCUCCUGCCGAUGAUACAAGCCCAACGGGACCGUUUCAAGAAGAAGAAUUCGGAGUUGGAAGAAGAUUUGUCCAAGUUGUAUGGCACGGUCAAAUCCCUCAGGCAGGAGGUUGCAUCCCUGCAAAAGGACAACCUUAACCUCUAUGAAAAAACAAGAUACGUUUCGACAUACAACCGGGGUCAUGGCUCCUCGUCUUCCGCGUCCGCCUACGCAAAUAAGCCUAGUGUCUCCUCUAUCCAUCCGUCCGCAGACACACCGUCAGGCCUGUCUGUCGAUCGCUAUCAGUCCGCCUAUGAGGCCCAGAUAUCUCCGUUUGCUGCCUUCCGUGGGCGCGAAUCCACGAGGGCUUACAAACGAAUGAGCUUACCCGAGCGAGUUGUAUUCUCACUAACACGGAUCAUUCUCGCAAACCGGACUAGCCGAAACGUCUUUGCAGGGUACUGCUUUGCUCUUCACAUUCUUCUCUUCGUUAUGUUGUACAUGAUGAGUACAAUGCAAAUUGAGAGUCACAGUGCUGCAAGCCUCGGUGCUUCAGCUUCGAUGGCGAUGAAUGGAGGAAGCGGGAGUAGCAACAGCUAUGACGGGCAACUUGAUGGUGAUGACUGGCAACAGGAAGGAUUCAACCAAGCGGGAUGA